GCGAUUAUGAAACAUGGCCUUGCCAUACGAAAUCAGGCAUUUCGCCUAGUAACCGUAGUCGGGACGCACGUUCUAGCUCACCCAGACUUCGUACACACGCAGGGAUUCAAUGGUGUGGCUACUGCUUUUCCUUUGAACCCGACGGCAGAGAAGCACUACUGCGGAUCGGACAUGUUGAACCCCUUCAUGGACACAGCCCACAUGGGCGCCCUCAAGCUGAGUCCACCGCACGCUAUGCCUGUCGAGCCGGCAGGAGCCCAUGUGCAGGGAAAUCAUCAAUUUGCGGCUCAGGCCAACGGUUAUGCUGUACCUCAUUCUCAUGCUCAUCACCAUCACCACGGACAUGUCAGCAGCUAUGCUGCGCGAGAUUUUUUGCUUCGUAGAGAACACAUGCCAACUUUGGCUGGUAGCUUAGCUACCCAUGACAACCUCAGUAGCAACGGUCCCACACACCAUGGGAUGUUUAUGCCCUCCUCGGCGACGCUGCACGGGUCCCACCACCACACGGGAGACCCUUCCUCUACGCACGUGCUUUUUCCUGGUUUAGAGUAUUCUGCGGCCCAUCACACAGGUCAUAUGAAUGGCCAGGUCAGGAUUACUCUACCUGGGGCGGACAUGUACGGACGUCCAGACACUUUCAACCAAAUGGCUGGUCCGAGACCUGACCACCUGGCUGGAACUUACGGUGCCAUGAACAUGGGUCCUCACGGUCCUGGAGCAUUUUUCAGGUACAUGCGACAGCCAAUAAAACAAGAACUAACGUGUCUGUGGGUAGAUCAAGAACAACCAAGUCCCAAAAAACCUUGUAACAAAACUUUUACUUCCAUGCAUGAGAUAGUGACUCAUAUCACAGUAGAACACGUUGGCGGCCCGGAGUGUUCUAACCACGCAUGUUACUGGCAGGACUGUUCCCGUAACGGACGGCCGUUCAAGGCCAAGUACAAACUGGUCAACCACAUACGGGUCCAUACCGGAGAGAAGCCUUUCCCUUGCCCCUUCCCUGGGUGCGGAAAAGUAUUUGCCAGGAGUGAAAAUCUCAAGAUCCAUAAACGAACACACACAGGAGAGAAACCAUUUAAGUGCGAGUUCGAGGGAUGUGACCGGAGGUUUGCUAAUAGUUCCGACCGGAAGAAACAUUCUCACGUGCAUACCAGUGACAAACCGUACAACUGCAAGAUACGAGGCUGCGAUAAAAGUUACACACACCCAAGCUCGCUAAGGAAACACAUGAAGGUACAUGGGAAGUCACCUCCGCCGCCCGGCGCAGUGCCGGGUUCCACAGGUAGCAACAGCUCUAUGUCUGACUACGAAAGCGACACGCCACCGUGCGCUACCGCAAACGGUAACAACAGCAAUGCGUUGAUCGGGUCCCAAUCUACGGGCACAUUAGUCGGUUCUGGCCUACCAGGCCACACGGCAUUACCCAUGGUAAGCAACUCUGGGCUUGGAGUAGGAAGUGGCCACCCAACAAACUUGAGUGAAUGGUACGUGUGUCAGUCUGCAGCAGGUAUGCCAACUCCACCCAGUAACGAAAACUCACCUGUGGUCGGAAUGGCUCACCAUCUUCACGGUUCUCCACCUUACUGAUCCAAUAUGUGUACAGAUAUUGUGAAGCAAACAAACAACCAUAUGGACGGAGUCUCAUGGGUCAUCCGAACAGAGGUAAGCCUGUUUGGUUUACAUAAGAAAACAGAGCCUCCUAUGUCUAAAUGGUCUUGUCCACUUUUUCCUCAACAGUCAUUACAGCUGAUAUGCUUACCAUGUGUAAAUAUCUAUUUCGGACCUCAGUUUACUUCUAGAGCAUGUUGAGCACCUGAUUCGUAAAAGAAAAAAAAACUGGACAGAGUUUGAAGGUGUGAUAGAAUAAAAGAUCGUUAUUUGUGGGUUUUGAAGACAUCUGUGUUAGUUGUGUAAAAUGGAUUAUAUGAGAAUGCUAGUAUACACAUAUUCAUGUAUUUAUGUGUUUUCUUCUGUUUUACCACAACCUAUGAAGAGUCAAAGGUCCAUCAUAAAAUCUAAAUAGAUAAACCAGUAAAGUCAUGCAUAACAUUAGCAUUUACCGAAUGUAAACAACGAAAAGCUCUGAUAAAACAGAGAUACAACGUUUAUUCAAUGAAUGCUAUUUACAUUUACUUAAUAACUCGCCUGUAUCUUAGUCUAUGUAAAUUUGUAUCUUGGGAAACUUAAAUGAGUAUUUCGUUGUUGUUUUGAAAAUCAAGAUUUGACACAAAGGUUUAAUUACAUGCGAUUUAACAAAUGAACGAGUGAUUUAGGCAAAAAUAUAGCUUCGCGAACUCUUGAAAAGUGCACCAUGAAAACUUACGUUACGUAGUUAUUGUAACGUUCUUGCUUCCUAGUCCUGAAGAAGUAAGGACUUGAACAUGAAUUAACGUAAUUGGUUUAUAAAAAAGCUCUAGUUUUGUUUUUUGCCUUUUUUUAAAAAAUCAACAGUAAACAAAAAAACAACAAGAAAUAAACCUUUGCCAUAUUUACAAAUCAGUAGUAAUAUUUUGUAAAGAAGUUGGUCACUGUUGAUAAAUGUAAAUGAUGCUUUACCCUUCACACCAAUUAGUUCAUUUUCGAGGCAUUUGAACUUCACAUGAUUUGUUUAUGUCUAACGAAUUUAAUUAUUGCUUACUCACCUCUCUGUUGUUAGGAUAAUGAAUAGUUUAUGUUUAUAUGUUCUGUACCAUGACAGCUGAAGUAAUCUGAGAACAAAACCCUUUCGAUGAAGCUGCAAAUAGAA